CGGACUGAAAUCCUCUAACCAAGACUGCAGUAUGCUUAGUGACGGAAUCGCCAGAGCACCCCUCUAGCUCCAAACACAGACGUUAAGACACUGAGCGUGCAGUGGAACUACUGAGGGAGUACUACAGUACUCUUCCAGACCCAGAGGAAGGGCAGCUUCGAGCAGCAAUUGGGAAAGUCUCCAACAUUUUCAGUAGUGACUUGUUCCAAGCACUGUUAGACAUCAAGGAAUUUUAUGAAGCGACCUUAGUUGCUGUACUUACUGAUCAGAAGCCUGUAGCAAGCAAUCAAUUUUCAGCUCAGAUGGGGAGGACAUCAUCAGAAACAAGUAUUGAAUUUAUCAAUCCAGAGAAUUCCUCAUCUGUUGGUCCAAAUUCCUCCUUGGAUGCGUUUAACAGUGGAGAGAUGAAAAGUAAUGAAUCAAAAACGAGAUAUAAUCAUCAAGAUGAAGACAAUCUGCUGAUCAAUCAUUAUCCUUUUUACCAGAAUAGCAUCAAGGAUAUGCCAGAGCUCAUACGCAUCAAGGAAAAAAGAAUGUCUGAAGUUAGAAACAUUUGUGGCUAUGUAUCACAGGUGCAUACAUCCUAUCCAAAGGCAAACCCUCCUCCCAUUAUUGUGAAUGCUGACUCCAUGGAUACUGGGCCUUAUGCUAAUGGAAGCGAUGGAAUGUACAAAUAUGAAGAGAUAAUCCUGGAACGUGGUAAUUCAGGCCUGGGGUUUAGCAUUGCUGGAGGAAUCGACAAUCCCCAUAUUCCAGAUGAUCCAGGGAUUUUUAUUACCAAAAUUAUCCCUGGUGGGGCCGCCGCGAUGGAUGGACGACUUGGGGUCAAUGACUGUGUACUACGAGUCAAUGAUGUGGAUGUUUCUGAAGUGGUUCACAGUAAAGCAGUGGAGGCACUGAAAGACGCAGGGCCAGUUGUUCGACUAUUAGUCCGCAGAAGGCAGCCAGCUGCUGAGGCUAUAUUAGAAGUGAAUCUUUUAAAAGGACCCAAAGGCCUCGGGUUCAGUAUUGCUGGAGGGAUUGGAAAUCAACACAUUCCUGGAGAUAACAGUAUCUAUAUUACCAAAAUUAUUGAAGGUGGAGCAGCGCAAAAAGAUGGUAGACUGCAAACAGGGGACCGGCUACUUGCUGUCAAUAACAUCAGCCUGCAGGAGGUACGGCACGAAGAAGCUGUGGCGGCUCUCAAGAACACUUCGGAUAUGGUCUAUUUGAAAGUUGCUAAACCUGGUGGUAGUCAUCUUAAUGAUGUAUAUGCACCUCCUGACUAUGCCAGCACAUUUUCAACCCUCACUGAUAAUCAUGUGAACUCUGGUAUGGGUUACAUGGGUGGAGUUGAGAACAAACCCACAUAUCCAUUGCCAGCAAUCACUUCAGGCCGUUACUCUCCAGUGCCUCGGCACGUAAUGGGCGAUGACGACUUCACAAGAGAACCAAGGAAGAUCACUCUCCACAAAGGAUCAACGGGUUUAGGCUUUAACAUUGUCGGUGGUGAAGAUGGUGAAGGGAUCUUCGUUUCAUUCAUUCUGGCAGGGGGACCAGCAGACCUCAGUGGAGAACUACGGAGAGGAGAUCGGAUUUUAUCUGUAAAUGGCGUUAACCUUCGGAGUGCUACACAUGAGCAGGCAGCAGCUGCACUCAAAAGGGCUGGUCAGACUGUGACCAUCGUAGCUCAGUACCGACCAGAAGAAUACAGCCGCUUUGAGUCCAAAAUCCAUGACCUUAGAGAACAGAUGAUGAACAGCAGUAUGAGCUCUGGAUCUGGCUCCCUGCGGACCAGUGAGAAACGAUCACUUUAUGUUCGAGCUCUCUUUGACUAUGAUCGAACCAAGGAUAGUUGUCUGCCGAGCCAAGGACUGAGCUUCUUGUAUGGUGAUAUUUUACAUGUCAUUAACGCCUCUGAUGAUGAAUGGUGGCAAGCCCGACUUGUUACACCUCGUGGUGAAAGCGAGCAGAUCGGUGUCAUACCCAGCAAGAAACGAGUUGAAAAAAAAGAGAGGGCAAGAUUAAAAACGGUGAAAUUCCAUUCCCGUCCUGGAGUAAUUGAAAUGAAAGGGUCAUCCAGAGCCAAGCGUAAAAAGAGCUUCCUCUUGUCUCGAAAGCUUGCCUUCUACAAGAGCAAAGAGAAUAUUGUGCAGGAGCACACAGGUGACCAUGACCAGUGUAUGACGUCCAACACCAGUGACAGUGAAAGCAGCUCCAAGGGCCAGGAUGAUGCAGUUCUGUCCUAUGAGGCAGUGACACGCCUAGAGAUUCACUAUGCUCGACCAAUAAUAAUUCUGGGACCAAUGAAGGACAGAGUCAAUGACGAUCUUAUCUCCGAAUUCCCAAAUAAGUUUGGUUCUUGUGUACCUCAUACCACCAGAUCAAGACGUGAAAAUGAAAUUGAUGGGCAAGAUUACCAUUUUGUAACUUCUCGGGAACAGAUGGAAAAAGACAUUCAAGACAAUAAGUUCAUUGAAGCAGGGCAAUAUAAUGACAAUCUUUAUGGGACUAGCAUUCAGUCUGUUCGAGCUGUAGCAGAGAGGGGAAAACACUGCAUCCUUGAUGUGUCUGGGAAUGCGAUUAAGAGGUUACAGCUUGCACUACUUUAUUCCAUUGCCAUUUUCAUCAAACCCAGAUCUGUGCAAUCCCUCAUGGAAAUGAAUAAACGACAAACUGAAGAACAGGCAGCCAAAACUUUUGAGAAAGCAUUGAAGCUGGAGCAGGAAUUUGGAGAAUUCUUCACAGCUAUUGUACACGGAGAUUCAUUAGAGGAGAUAUAUAACAAAAUUAAGCAGGUCAUUGAAGAACAGUCUGGUCCCUACAUCUGGAUUCCUUCAUCUGAAAAACUCUAAGCAUGCCCUAAUGUUUAGAGAGAAGAUGUUGUGGGGGAAAAGUACCCCCUUUUAAGAUAUGUUGCAUAUCAAGUUUUAUCUUUCUCAUUAUGUUAUUAUGAAUCCUCACCGUCGCUGUGGCUGUUUCCAUACUGCAUGGUUUUAUGGAAUUCCAUCAACGACAUGGAAAUGCACACCUGAGUAUUUUAAAGAACAUCUUCAGGAAAGGGGACCAGGAUUGCAUUGACUUUGUAUGUUUGUAUUCACCUGAAGAUCAGCUACGAAAGUUUCAUAUGGACUAAGUAGUGGUUUUAAGGAACCAGUGUUCACAGGGUUAUCAGUACAAAUCCUUAAAAAUGAUCUUUCUGAAAUUUCCUAAUGGAGAUGGGUUUGAAAGGAGAAAAGAAAACCACUCUACUCCUCGGUGAUAACAUAUAGCAGUGCUUUUAAAGACACACAUUGUAUACAAUUCCUCAUCCUGGAGGAGGAGGAAGAGAAUGAAAACUAGAAUUUAAAUCAUUGUGGUACUUUAGAUGAAAAUAUAAAGUGAUAAUUUUCAACAUAUUAAAUUGCACAUUGUUUUACACAUCAAACCAUGGUUGUCUGCAUGGACAUGUUACUUUUUUUUUGCUGUUUUUUAAAAAAGUGAUUUGAGUAAAAGCUGACCGAUGAUAAAGAAAAUGUAAGUUGCUCUGACUGCUGUUCUCAAAUGGCUUUGUACGAAUGAAAUAGUGGAAAUGUAUUGUGUCUUUGUCCGAAAUGCCCUUUUGUAAAAUCAAUUGGAUUUAAUUUGAAUUUGUGGUCGUGAGGAAAUCUACUAUAUCAUUACCCAACAAAAAAUAACUACAAAUCUGAUCUAACUUUUCUGUCAAUACAUAAUGUAAGUACUUAGUUAUUUUAAUGUAUUUAUAUACAAUUGUUGCACAAAGUAAGGGAACCAAGAUAAAUCAUCUGCUUUGAGGUUCUCCCAAAUAAAAGUAGAAUGACCUAAUAGAAACUCUGUGUAAACAACUGAGCCAGUUGUUUUACCUAAAAAGCAUGAAGGACAGAUAGUUUGGCUUUGUCAAAGGUAGUUUUAGAUUUUUUUUGGAACUGGUAUCUAAAUUGGGCAGACCGAGUGCAUUCUUUUUAAAGCACUCUGCCUAUUUUUACUCAGAGUUUUGGUAUUUUAUUGGGGGUGGGAUGUAAGCAGGGGACAAAUAACAAGGUUAUUAGAAAUGAUAUUGAUGUAUGAAAUGCAAGGUGUAAUUUUUGAAAUAUGUGCCAAUCCCUUGAAUAAGGUGCAUCUUUGGGUAGGGCGAUCAUUUUAAAUAGAAAAGCAAGUAUGAGAGUUCAGAGAGCUCUGGCUGUCACACCUCCCCUUGCAAUAGGUUAGUUAGUUUAUCCAUCUUUGGAGCAUAUGACUGACACCUAUCUAUCACUGACAUUGGUUUUAAAUUUAAACACAUUAUCAUUUUGCAAUCCAUAAGAUAUCAACCUUGCAUGUAAACUCAAUUAUUUAUACAUUUCUAGUGUAAAUAAAACUGAAACUUUGAUCAACAAAGUAAUCAUUAGAUAUCCCCAGAAGAUGACUGUGUUAACACGAAAGUGCAGUUAUUCCAGGCCAUUUAUGUGGACUACUGUUUUAUGUUCAACUGUUGUUACCUAUAAUGUAAAAUUUAUUUUCUAAUGGUAAUUGCAACAGUUCACACAGCAACAAAUGGAUAGAUAGAUAGAUAGAAAGCAUUGCUAAAUUGACAGAGAUGAAGCCUUAGUGGCUUCUAUUUUAUUUCGUCCAACUUCAUAUAAUGACAGGCUUAGACCAAUGUGCAGUAAAUAAUUCAUAGUUUUGGGCAGAAAGGGAGAUCAAGUGCCUAUGUUGUAACACAGAAGGACAUUCUGCAUUGGAUUCAUUUCCCCUCUUCCCUGUGCCACAGGAAUAGUUUUCAAAUGUUCCACUUUUGUGGUAGGGUUUUGCUUCCUUCCAGAUCUGCAAAUAACAGGCUAUGAAGUUUUAUUUUUAAUUAAACAUUUUUAAUUCUCAGGGGUUUCAGUGAAGUAACUUUGAUAAUUGGCCUAAACCAUGUUCAUUAGACUGGGGCUUGUAUGCCUGUCUAACUAGGCAGCGUUAUUGUAUAUAGUAAUAGGAAUGACAUAAGACUGGAAUGUUGACUUGCAUGCAGUGGAAGGAUACUUACCAUUAUACAGCAGGUGGACGCCUAUCCAAUUUCCUAUUUUUCUGAUAGGGUGAAUAUUUCACUUCCCUCACAAAAUGUCCAAAGUAUAUCAGCAACUAAGCAGUAUCAUUUAAAUAGAUUACUAUUUUGGUCUAUUACCCCUAGAUUUCUACACUGUUAUAUUCACACUUUCACAGUUGACAAUUACCGUACACAAUAUUAUUAAGUGAUUAUCAAUUGCCAAUUGGGCAAAAUUAAAGAUGCUCUUAGUAAAAUUAACAAAUAUACUUAAGACCAAUGUGGCAGACCUCAGAGAAGUGUUAUGCAAUUUGUCAAAUGGAAACAUCCAAAAGGUUUAAUGUUGCAAUGUGAGUUCUGAAUUUAGAACUUUUGUUUUACACUGAGAGAAAGUUGAUUUAAAAUAAGCUCAUUAGUCUUUUUUUAUUGGACUUCCUUUGAUUUUGCUUAGUUAUCCCAAUUCAUUUUUUAAUUUUUAAUUUUGAUAUCUGCAUUGUCAUUUUAUUUUAAAAUAAUUGUGGCCUAUGUUCAUUUAUGAAGAACAUGUUUAAAAAUUAUUUUGCCACAUUAAAACAAUUAAAUGUUUCAUUUCACUAGUUGUCCUCAGUGCCAUAAGUCCCACAUUAUCAUUUUUCUGCAUAUUACAGGCCAGGCUGUGGAAGUUCCUGUGGUGACUUCUAUUUGGCAAGACAUUUUGAUCUACAAAUUGUCUACAAUGUAAUAGUUACUGAAGUUAGUGGUAUUUGCCUCUUCUGCUCCUUUAAUAUCCAAAUGUUAAUUCUACAGUCGGGUUUGUUAUGCGAAAACUAAGUCCUUGAAGUUGCACUGUGUUUAAGGUCCUUUAAAUUACUUUAUCCAUUGUUUUAAAAAGUGAGAUAGUAUGAUUUCCAAGGUAAAAUGUGCUGUGUACCUGCUGUGCUGUUCCAGUUGAUUAUUGUGCAGUUAUAUGUAUUUGAAAUCAGCCUGCACAACGUAGUCCAAGGUGGCAAUUGUGAUUUUAGGUGGGGAAUACUCAAAAAAAGUUAUAAAGUUUAAAAAAUGUAAGUUUAAAUCUAAACUUUAGUAUAAUUAGAGGGCUAACCAUCUGCAAUUUAUUUUUCUUAUUCACUAUUUGCAGUACAUGGUAUCAGGUUGAAAGAAAAAUUCUGGCCUUUAAAACAGGAUAUCUUUUUCAGUUAGUAUUUCCAAUUCUGCCCAAUUUCAUAACAAAAUGAAUAUACGAUAAACUGAGACAAAAAUGUUUUCUAUCUGAAGUUAUGAAGCUGGACAUCUUUUAUGUGCACCAUACAGUAAAGUACAAGCUGCAGAAUAUUUUAGUAGGUUUGAAACGGCAUUCAGAAUGGGUGCUAAAUUGUUUUAACUGAUGUUUACGCAUGAUUGCAAUUUUUUUUUUUAAAUGGAGAAUCUUUAUCAUUUAUCAAGACCUACUUACUACAUUGGCGAAUUACAAAUAAACAAUUUCCAUAGUCUGUAGCUAUUAGAAAGAUACUAGAGAUUUCAUCCCUGCUCUAUAGUUUUUGCCAGCUAACAAUGUGUUACAAUUGCUACAAAGGGCUAAAUUCUGCAUUAUCAAUGCAUUGUCAGAGAAGGAGAAUUUGAAAAAAUGUAGCCAUUUGAACUCUUAACAGUGAAAUACUUAGGAAUAUUAAUCUGAUGUUUGCACUUUGUCACUAAAUAACAAUUCUCUUCUGCUAUGCUCUGUGUGCAGAAAUGAUGUAAUUUAAGGUUGGAAUUGGGAGGAAAUAUUGCACAGGGAAUGUUACUAGUAUAAUCUAGGCAUAAUAAAUUCACAUGGGCAUAAAGUGAGCAGGCAAACUUGGUCAAGGCUAUCAUGCUACUGGGAAAAGUACUGAAUAUAAUGUGCAGGUGAGAUCACUGAAUCACCAAGAGUAUGAACGUACUAUGUGGGCAAACAGCAUCUAUUAGUAACAACUCUUCUUCGUAACUGUGAUGUAUUACUUACCUUUAGUCCCUGAUGUAAUGAAAAUUCACGUGGUAUCCAGGUGGAAUCACAUCUUUAGCUUUAUUGGAAUAUGAACAGAAAAAUUAAUACUCAAAUGGAUUAGUGUGUUACACAUGCAUAUUUUUGAAAGUGUUGAUUGAUCUGCAGGAGCCUUCCCUGCUGAUCAUUCAAUACACAUACUCUUGAUCUGACUGGCAAUCUGAAGCACAGCUCAAUUAAAUUUGUUGGUGUGGGAUCAUUUUACUGAUGUUCAUUUUAUGCCCUGCAAAAUAAAAGCUGCCCAAAAGAAAACUGCAGCUUUGGGUUUCUGUCCCUUGGGUCAUAAAUGUUGUAUAUUCUGUUUAAGAAAAUAUAGCUGUUGUUGGGGAUUUUCAGUAGUAAA